GGCCCCUGGUGGAAGGUCCUUUGAGCUUCAGGACUUUGCUUGUUGCUUUAUUCCCCCGCUGGUAGGGCAGGCAGCGCCGGGAGGAUGCGGGCUUCCUGUGUGCUGUUCACCACGCUGGUGGCGCUGGCCGCCUACUACGUCUACAUCCCCCUCCCCGGCUCAGUGACCGACCCCUGGAAACUGAUGAUGCUGGACGCGGUUUUCCGGGGUACACAGCAAGUGAGUAACCUAAUUCACUUCCUGGGACUAGGCCAUCAUAUGCUGGUGCUGAAUUUUAUCAUCGUUUCUUUCGGCCAUAAGAGGGCUUGGUCGACGGCUCAGGUGAAAGUCACGGACACUGACUUUGACGGUGUGGAGGUCCGGGUGUUUGAAGGUUCUACUGGGCCAGAAGAGCCACUGAAACGGGGCAUCAUUUAUAUCCACGGAGGAGGCUGGGCUUUAGCAAGUGCAAAAAUCAAGUAUUAUGAUGAGCUGUGCAUAGUGAUGGCUGAGGAGCUGAAUGCCGUCAUUAUCUCCAUUGAGUACAGGCUGGUUCCCAAGGUGUUUUUCCCUGCACAAGUUGAAGAUGUUGUGCGCUCCACCAACUAUUUCUUGCAGCCGGAAGUCUUAAAGAAGUACUCGGUUGAUCCUAGCAGAGUUGCCGUUUCUGGAGACAGUGCUGGGGGAAACCUGGCAGCUGCCCUGGUCCAACAGUUUCAUCAAGAUCCCAGCCUCAGAAGCAAAAUCAAACUGCAAGCUUUGGUUUACCCCGUUCUGCAAGCCCUGGACUUCAACACCCCCUCCUACCAGCAGAAUGCCAACACCCCCAUCCUGCCCCGCCAUGUCAUGAUCAAGUACUGGGUAGAGUACCUGCAAGGCAGCCAGGACUUCGUGGAGGCCUUGAUAGUCAACAACCACACCUCCCUGGAUGUGGAGGAGGCCACUGCUCUGCGGGCCCGGCUCAACUGGACCUCCCUCUUGCCCACAUCCAUCACCAGGGACUACAAGCCAGUGCAGCCAGCCUCUGGCAACGCCAGGAUCCUCCAGGAGAUGCCUCAGCUGCUGGAUGUGCGCUCAGCCCCCCUCCUUGCUGACCAGAAAGUCCUGCGGCACCUGCCCAAGACCUACAUCCUCACCUGCGAGCACGACAUCCUCAGGGACGACGGCAUCAUGUACGCCAAGCGCCUGGAGAGUGCCGGCGUGGACGUGACCCUCGACCACUUCGAGGAUGGCUUCCAUGGGUGCAUGAUCUUCACCAGCUGGCCCACUGACUUUUCUGUGGGCAUCCGGACUAGGAACAGUUACUUCAAGUGGCUGGAUCAAAACCUGUGAAGGGAGAAACUUCCUAGAAUGGUUGAGCCUUUCUUGCUUUGAAAGGACAUGCACUCCCCCACUCCCCCCCCCCAACUAAUUUCUCCUUGCUGCUUGUGAGCUGCGGAAUCUCUCACUACUGUAGACCAGAUAUUAAUUUCUCUCUCUCUCUCUCUCUCUCCAUAUAUAUAUAUAUAUAUAUAGCAAUGUACUGACUUCAGUGUAAAGGCCACUGAAUCUGGGUCUCAAAACUGGCCAUUCUCUUUGUCCUUCUCCUUUUAGCCAAACAACUAGCAGUGCCCACAGAUACAAAAAGCAGGGCUGGGAAGUGGAAGGAGGGCUGGAGUGCACCAAGAAGUCCUAUCACCUAUGGAUGAGACAGCGACCUUAGUGAUUUGAGAAAAUGCUGGCUCUUUUUUGACAUGCUGGAGUUUGCUUUGGAUUUGAGGCAGUAAAUGCGUGCACCUUGGAGUCGGUGCUGAGUACAAGUGCCACCUGCCCUCACUUCUCUGUGGGGGGUUGCUUUUGUUUCCUAUGGGAAUGCUGGCAAAGGCAUUCUGGCAAGGAGUUUCUCAAAGGACUGUCUUCCUUUAGAGUGCUAAUUCUGUUAGCUAACUAGCUGUAAGUCCAUUUGGAUGAUGAUAAUACUUGAAAGUUAUUUUUUACCACUAUUAUUACUAGCAAAUAAGAGAUCGCAUGCACUGGAUUAUCUGUAUGUUGCUAAGGUUUUAAAAACAAAUCAUCAUUCUGUCUCCUUAGGGGGGAUCUUUGGGGAGCAAAUUUAUUUAGAUUUAGAAUGGGCAUUGCAUUACAGAACCAGUAAAAAGAGGCAAAUGAGCCACUUAAUUCAUAAUUAACACUUUGGAUGGAAAUUAUUAAGAGCUGUGCACAUACAUCUGACAAAGUCAGGAAAUAAAAUGUAUUUAAUAUUAGUUGAAGAUCAUGUGAAAUGUCUUUGGUGAGCUUAGUUCUUGAAAUUCAACUUUUUUCACAUACACUGCUAUACAUCGGGGCUAUUUUGGUAUAUAUAAUGUACUGUUCAUUUUUAAUGUUAUUUAAUAUAGGUAGUUAGACUGAAGUUUUUUUGAAUAAUAUCUAUAAUGGAUCUUAAAAAUGAUGGCAUUUAAAAAAACUAUCUAAAAUUAUAUUCUUACAUAUACUUUUCUAGAAAGUGAUAAAAUCACUAACACUACUAUACACUGGGCCUAAAUGUUUAGAUGUUUAUAUGUGCAUAACAGUGAGCAUAAUUAGUAAGUAUAACUGGACCUAGAGAAGUCAUCUACGCUGACUCAGUAGCAUUGCUCGUAGCUGCCUCUGUGGUCAGAGGAACUCUGGCUUUGGUUCUUCUGGGCAAAGGGAAGACAUUGUUCCUGGGUGCCUCUUCACCUUUUUGUCUGCUUCCAGAAAUGACAAAAACUAAGCUUAAUGUUGGGCAAGGAUGUCACUGCCAGUGAGGACAUUUCUCAAGUAGCAAGAAACACCAAGUCUGAUUUGAACUGAGGGCUCUGCCCUCCUUCCUGCCCCUCUUCUUCUCCCCCAAUACUUUCUGCCUUCAAAGGCACAGAGAACAGUGAGGCCGAGUAACAAUACCGUAACUAUAUCACCAGUGAAAGAAGGGAGAGCCUUUUCUCUUGCCUAAAAGGUGGGAAUCUGCCACCUUGGACAAUGAAAGAAUGAAUAAAAUUUGGGUAUUUAUUUUGAAUGUCUUAUUAUAUAUACCAAUAGCAUUUCAUAUAUAAAACACACACACACACACACAUAGUAAUAUGUGUGUGUGUGUGUGUCUAUGUAUGUGUGCCUGCCUCUGUGUCUAUAGGACUCUUAUAAAUUAACUUGCUGUUUGGGUUAGUUAUUUUGCAACCUCUAGGAUGCCUUGUCCUUGGGUCUCUAAAAUCAGAUAAAUGGAUAUAUAUGUAUCCUUAUUCUGUGUACUCAGACCCAUGCAUCACUAGAGAUUUUUUUUUUUCUUAAAAAUUAGGAUUUUCAGAUUGUUGAGAUAGCUUACCUGGGAGGGAGCCUGCUCUGGCCCCCAACACCCUGGGGAAGCCAGCAUGCUGAGGUGUCCUGCUGCUUUUCUGUCUCUGUCUUUUUCUGUCUGAAAAAGUCAGCUUGGGGUAGUGAAUUCCUUUAGCAAUGACAAACACAAAAGCCUUUUUGUUAGUCUGAGUUACCUAUCCUCCUUGUUUAAUAUUAUUUUUCUUUCCUUCCUUAAUUCUUUCCUUCCCUUAUUUCUAUUUCUUUUCCUUUUUUUAAAAAAUUUAUUUUCCCUUUUGUUACCCUUGUUUUUCAUUGUUGUUGUAGUUACUAUCGUUGUUGUUAUUGAUGUCGUCGUUGUUAGGACAGAGAGAAAUGGAGAGAGGAGGGGAAGACAGAGUGAGGGAGGGAAAGAUAGACACCUGAAGACCUGCUUCACCGCUUGUGAAGCGACUCCCCUGCAGGUGGGGAGCCGGGGGCUCAAACCGGGAUUCUUUCGCCGGUCCUUGUACUUGGCGCCACGUGUGCUUAACCCGCUGCACUACUGCCCGACUCCCUUCUUUCCCUUUUCUUUCUUUUUUUUAUGUAACACAUUUGAAGGGAACAGCACAAGACCUUAUUUUGAGGUUACCUACCUCUCAGAAAGUAAAGAAAAAUAUCAUGUAAGUCCAGAAUUCCUUAAAAUGACAUUUCUUCCCAAAUUGUGAGCCAACUUCUAAAAUAAUUACAGACAAUUAAUCUCAGAUCUCAAAAGGGCUUUAUUAGAUGAAAAGGGAAUCAAUCAAGAGGGGGAAAAAAAGGAUCAACCACUGUUCUGAUGAAAUACUUGAGUUUCAACAAAAACUUUGUAGAUGUGACUACAUCCUCUAAUGACUUGCACUGUAACCUUCAUUCAGCCUUUGCUACAAAUGAUAUUGAAAUUCUUCUUGGAAUACUAGCAAUUUCAAAUCACAAUGCACAAAAGCCAUUCAACUAAGCCAGCCUGUGAACACCAAGAACUCCUUCGGGAAGCCUACAGAGUUUAUGUUGAAGAUAGUUUGGUUUGGGAUAAGUUUAUUUUUCUCAAAGUUUUUGUAAUUAUAAAAGAGAAUUGAUGCUCUGCUUGUUGUUUUUUUUUCUUAGUGUCGUGGUUUGGUUUUGCCAUUAUAUUUUGUGAAAAAGUUCACAAUCUUUCUUAAUGUUGUUUGUGAAAGAUGGACAUUAAUAUGUGAAGAAAAAUCAAGUGCUAGAAGCGUAAAUUUGUUUUCAAUAAUCAGUAGAGAUGUGUUAAGAAUUGAAGACUUGUACAAUUUUCUUGGUGGCUAUACCAUUUUGUGCAUGACCUUUUAACUUUUGACUUCUUGCUUAUUUCCCCUUGGAAGGGGAAGGCAGAUUUAUGAAGGGUUUUAGUAACAAAUAUAUUUUAUAAGAUGAAAAUGCAGUGGGGAGCAAAUUCAAUGUCGUCUGUUUUGACUCAUGUUGGAAAAUAAAAUGGCUCCAUCUGCAAUGGUAA